AUAAUUAAUGGAGUGAGGAAAAAAAAUAAAAAUUAUCAUUAUAAUGAUUGGACAACCGCGAAAGGAAGGAAGAUAGAAGGGAUUGGAAGUCCGGUGAUGGCUAUGGUUCCUCUAUCCUCGCCCCUCUUCGCUUGGCCCAAAGUUUACCAUGGAAAAAGCGGUAUUCGGGUUUCGUGUUUCUCAAACAGUACAUCAGAACCUAUUGAAGCAAGAAAGCCCAAGGUGUUUGAUAAUCUGUUCCUUAGUUUAUUCCGGAACAAAAUGGUCCAGGAGACAGGAUGGGACUCCGAAAAGCCGGGGUACCAGGGUCUAAUUGAAGUGGCGCAUCGUCUGACGGUUACUCAAGACAAUUCCAAAACUAGAGACGCAUCGGUUCGUAUAUUGAAAUCGUUAUUUCCUCCUUUGUUGUUGGAGCUCUACCGGAUGCUUAUUGCACCUAUACAUAGUGGUAAAUUUGCAGCCUUGAUGGUCGCAAGGGUGACUGCAUUAUCUUGCCAAUGGCUUAUGGGUCCAUGUACUGUUAAUUCCGUACAUCUUCCAAAUGGUUCCUCAUUGAUGAGUGGGGUUUUUGUGGAGAAAUGCAAGUAUUUGGAAGAGAGCAAAUGUGUGGGUGUAUGUAUUAAUACAUGUAAACUCCCUACACAGACUUUCUUCAAGGAUCACAUGGGAGUUCCGUUGCUGAUGGAGCCAAACUUCACUGAUUAUAGUUGUCAGUUUAAAUUUGGGAUUCUUCCUCCUCAGCAAGAAGUUGACGAUGCUCUUAAAGAGCCAUGCUUAGAGAUAUGCCCCAGUUCUGUCCGUCGAAAUGAAAUGAACCACAACAUGGAUGCACACAAGUGUCCAAAAGCAUGAAAUCUGCUCAUUCUGUUAAUAUCUUAAUGAUCCUGCCAUUAUAAUACUAUCUUGGGGUCCGUAGUUUGUCUUCCACACGUGAGGGCCCAUUAAGACUUGUGAUAUGAUUGCAUUGUUAUGAAGUUGAAUUUUUGUUUGGACAUGCAAUUUGUAUUUCUUAAGAUUAUUCUUUUCAUGAACAUGAAAACCUCAGCAGUUGUGAAAAUUAUGGACUUUGUUUGGUUUCUUGUACAAUUUUGCCAAAUGAGUAUCAUAAAUAAGAUACUGAUAAAUUGUAUA